AUGGCGCUCACCGUGCCCAAGGUCGUGCUCAUCUUGCUGUCCGUGGCAGGAUUCUGGACGCUUUGGGGCUUUCCAUACCAGAAUGGGUUGCUCAAAAUCUUGGGUCAUCAAGCGGAGCCGGGCGCUGUCAUUCCCGGGCCGACCACAGCGCCCAUGAAACAGACCUACACGGGCAUUGGUGCGCUGGACAAGCAAUUGACAAGCUUGGUCAGCUUCUUCUACACGGCUAUCGAUGGAAACCGAGCCGAUGUCUCGUUGUCAUUUCUCUACCUUGGCGGACAGGUCCUUGCAUCCUGGGUCCUGAUCAUGAUAGAGGGCCUCAGAAAUGGCAACCGUGGGAAGUUCAUUCUUACUGCCACAACCUUGUUUGGCAUUGGUGUUGCGAUAGUAGGGUAUGCCUGCGUUGCGCCCCUUUGGUUCGCAUAUCAUCUCUGGACGUCGUCCACAGUUAGGGAUCCAAAGGAUUACCAACUCUACGUCGAUGUGCCAAUCAAGAUCGCCCUCGUUCCGAUCACCAUCCUGGUUGGGUUCGGACUUCCAUCCAUCUUGAUGUGUCUACCGGCACCAAAUGUCAUUUCAUUUGACACCAAGCAAACUUGGACUGGAAUUCAACAGGGUUGGUCAAUCUGGAUAGGCCUGGCCCAACUCAUCCUCACCAUUUUUGCCCUGAACCUGGAUCAACGAGCCUCCAUGUUGACUGAAAGCGACAAGAGAUUGAAAACAGUCCGCUACCUUCGACUGGCAUACCCUUUUGCAAUCUUGUCGUCAGCGGGAUCUCAUCUGGCUGUGCUAGGACUGUCAUCGCUGGCCUACCUAUUCCCGGUGUUGUUCAGCGCCAAGUACCUUCCACAACUACAGCCCGACAGGAUCUUCGUAACUGUCGUCCCAUUCGGACAGCCUCAAGUCCAGACUUUGGCCGACGGCGCGCUCUGGUUCCUUCAAUGGGACAUUGUCGUCGGCGUCUCUGCUGCCCUUGUGUGGGCGUUGACACUACGGGUCGGGGCGAAACAUGAGCAGAUAACAAAUCUCUGGACUAUUAUUGGCGUUGUCAAGAUCGCCUUGCUCACGGUGUUGAUCGGGCCCUGCGGGACUGCCGCUGUCGCCGCCUGGGGUCGUGAUGAAUUGGUUUUCGGACGCGCAACUGCCGAAUCAAAGAAAGGCAAAAGCUCGUGA